CAAUGGCGGAGGCUCAUCAGGCGGUAGCGUUCCACGUUUUCUACAUCUGUUUCCAUCUUCAAGAUCAGCAGGAAAAGCCGUUGCAGCAAUGGCGGAGGCUCAUCAGGCGGUAGCGUUCCAGUUCACCAUCACACCAGAGGGCAUUGACCUGCAGCUGUCCUAUCAGGCCCUCAACCAGAUCUACCUGUCCGGAGUCCGAUCCUGGAAGAAGCGAGUCAGCCGCAUGAAGAACAGUGUCAUAAAGGGAGUGUAUCCUGCUAGCCCGUCCUCGUGGCUCUUUGUUGCCGUAGGGAUCCUGGCUACCAUGUAUAUGCAGUCGGAUCCCAGCAUGGGGCUCAUCGCAAAGAUCCAGCAGCAUCUUCCAUUAAGUCUCCAUGUUUCCCUCAGCAGUCAGGGUCAAACCAUGGUGUCAGCUCUGGUGUUCAGCACUCUGCUGUGGCUCUCCCUCAUCCUGGCGCUCCGCUUCUGCCUGAAGCUGCUGCUCUCCUACCACCACUGGAUGUUCGAGCAGCACGGGAGAGUUUCCAACACCACCAAAGUCUGGGUGAGUCUGAUGAGGUUAUUUUCAAGAAAGAAGCCUUUGCUGUACAGCUACCAGACCUCACUUCCUCACCUUCCUGUUCCAGCCAUACAAGACACACUGAGCAGGUAUCUAGAGUCAGUGCGCCCUCUGCUGACGGAUUCAGAGUUUGAGCGGAUGACAAAGUUGGCCGAUGAGUUUGAGUCGACCCUGGGACACCGGCUGCAGCGCUACCUCAAACUCAAAGCUCUGUGGGCCACCAACUAUGUAAGUGACUGGUGGGAGGAAUAUGUCUACUUGAGAAGCCGAGGGCCAAUAAUGGUCAACAGUAACUAUUAUGGCAUGGACUUCCUCUACGUGACGCCAACAUCGGUGCAGGCAGCUCGAGCAGGAAACACUAUUACUGCUCUCAUGCUCUACAGACGCAAAGUAAACAGGGAGGAGCUCACACCGAGUCGCGUUCCAGGUACUGUGAUUCCUCUGUGUGCAGCACAAUGUGAGAGGAUGUUCAACACCACUCGAACACCAGGAGUUGAGACAGAUGUGCUCCAACACUGGCAGGACAGUGAGUUUGUGGCUGUAUACCACAGAGGACGCUAUUUCAGACUAUGGGUGUACCGGGCAGGUCGCCUGCUGUCUCCCAGAGAAAUCGAAUACCAGAUCCAGCGAAUCCUGGAUGACCCUUCAUCACCAUUUCCCGGAGAGGAAAAACUGGGAGCUCUCACUGCUGGAGAAAGGGUGCCUUGGGCUCAGAUGCGGCAGCAGUUUUUCAGCUCUGGUCUGAAUAAAAAGUCCCUGGAUGCCAUUGAGAAGGCGGCGUUCUUCAUAACGCUGGAUGAUGAAGAGCAGGGUAUGAAGGGAGACGACCCUGCCGGAAACCUGGAUCGCUACGCCAAGUCUUUACUUCAUGGCAAAUGUUACGACAGGUGGUUUGAUAAAUCUUUCUCCAUUGUGAUCUACAAAAAUGGGAAGAACGGCCUGAAUGCAGAGCACUCCUGGGCCGAUGCACCAACAGUGGCUCAUCUUUGGGAGUACACCCUCGCGACAGACGCCUUCCAGCUGGGCUACACUGAGGACGGACACUGUAAAGGAGAAGUGGAUCUCUCGCUGCCUCGGCCUCAGAGGCUUGUGUGGGAAAUCUCUCCAGAGGUUCAGGCUCAGGUCUGCUGCUCUCUGGCUGUUGCCCAGGCUUUGGCAGAAGAUGUGGACUGCCACAUCUUUCCGUUCAGGGAUUUCGGAAAGGGUCGCAUCAAGAAGUGCAAGAUCAGCCCAGACGCUUUCAUACAGAUCAGCUUACAGCUGGCCUACUACAGGGAUCGUGGCGGUUUCUGUCUGACAUAUGAGGCGUCAAUGACCCGUUUGUUUAGGGAGGGCCGAACAGAAACCGUGAGAUCCUGCUCCAAAGACAGCUGUGCUUUUGUCAAAGCUCUGGAGAAUGGAGCAACAGAGGAGGAGUGCAGGCGUCUUUUCCGACUGGCUUCAGAAAAGCAUCAGAACCUUUAUCGCAUGGCCAUGACUGGAGCUGGGAUAGACAGACACCUCUUCUGCCUCUACGUGGUCUCCAAAUACUUAGGGGUUGAUUCACCCUUUCUGCACCAGGUUCUGUCUGAGCCCUGGCGCCUCUCCACCAGUCAGACCCCCGUUCAGCAGCUGGAGCUGUUUGACCUGAAGAACCACCCAGAUUACAUAUCACUUGGCGGCGGAUUUGGGCCUGUGGCAGACGAUGGUUACGGGGUUUCAUACAUCAUUGUUGGAGAGGACCUCAUAAACUUCCACGUGUCGUCAAAGCACUCUUGCAGUGAGACUGACUCCCACAGGUUCGGAGCUCAGAUCCAAAAAGCACUCCAAGACAUAAUGGCUCUCCUGUCAGCUGAUGCUAAAACCUCGACCUCCUCCAAAGGCACCAACCAGCCACAGUCCAAGAAGCUUCUCUGAGUACACACAUAUAUUAUCCUCAGUACCUCACAGUCCAAAACCUGUGAUGGAAUAUGAUCAACUUAAUAUUAGGCAUGGGCCGGGUAGAACAAAGUGAUGAUUAAGAGACAAUACCACAGAUACGAGGUGUUACAAGGUGUUAUUUUAGAUGAAAUAUUUGAAACUUUAGCAAAUGUGUAUUUCAUAUAAUAAUAUUAGUAGUAAUCAUAAUAAUAAAAAUGUAUACAGUUGUGUUUUAUUACUAUAUAACACUGAAAGAACAAACAAUGAGCCAGUCCUACAAUCUGUUUUAAUUUUAAAUACAUGUCCAUGAAAUGUACUUUGUUCAGAGUUCUUAGACAUCCACUUCUGAGUAAUAGCAAAACUGCCUGUCCUUCGUCAACAUGUAAACAUUUUAAAUUAAUGUUAGCUCUUUGAUUAGCCAUGCUAACGGCUCAGUCUUGCAAUUUCUGUCUUUUAACUCUUAAAGCUGCUGAAGCCGCGGGACAAUGUGACAACUUUCCUGCUGUAAAGUGUAAAAGUGACCCCAUGUCUACUCAAGAGUCAUAUGGACAAAAAUGAAUUUCAUCAGGGAAAAAUCUAAGUGAGAAUGCAACCGAGGGCACUGUUUUAAUAUUUCAUCUGAGGAUGCAUUUGAUCAGGGAGAAAAACGUCAGCUGCCAACUUUUUAGGUGUGUGUUGGCUUGUGCAGGCUUAGUAAGUAUGUACAUUUUAUUUAUAUAGCACCUUUCAGACGUCAAAAAAUCACAAUUGAAAUAAAAACCUUAA